AUGUUAAUAGAGCUGCUGGGAUUGUACACAGUGUCCUAUGUAACUGAUGUGAUGUGGGCAGGGAAUGUUGUUGGUGAAUUACGUAGUACUACGUCCACAAAUAUUAUAGGUGUUGAUCGAGAUUCUAGCAGUCUAACACAAAACUUAUUACCUUCAGAUGAAUCAGUUAUAUAUGAUCCUUCUAUAAAUACGUGUAAUACAUUUGGUUCUCUGAUUGAUCAUCCUCUUUUCUUGCAAAGUGAGCUCCAAGGCUGUCUUGAUAUUGGUGAUGCUGAUUACAGUUGUUCAUUUUGUGGGGCAAACUUCUGGUUGUUAGAACGUGUUGAAAGAUAUUCAACAAUAAAUCAACCAGUAUUUACACUUUGUUGCUCGAAAGGAAAAGUCCAAUUACCCUAUUUGAAAAGGCCUCCAGAAUUAUUGUGUAACCUGUUAAAUGGUCGUGAUAAUAAGUCUUUGCAUUUUCAAAAAAAUAUAAGAGCAUACAAUAGUAUGUUUGCAUUCACUUCUUUCGGAUGUAAGGUGAAUGACUCAAUUAAUGAUGGUAGUGGACCUCCUCAAUUUAUCAUAAAUGGGCAAGUUUAUCAUCGAAUUGGGAGUUUGCUACCAUCCAUUGGUGAGAAUCCAAGAUUUGCACAGUUAUAUAUCUACGACACGCAGCACGAGGUAGUGAAUCGCCAGGGAAUUUUUGGGCAAACAACUGAAAUAGAUAAGGAAUUGAUAGUUGGUCUAAUGCAAAUGAUUGAUGAACACAAUGUUAUAGCCCAAUUGUUUCGGAGAGCUCAAGAAUUUUAUGAGGAUCAUCCUUUGCAAGAAUUUUGUUUGAGAUUGUUUUCUCAGCGAGUACAUGAUCCAAGAAUUUACAAUUAUCCUUCAUGCGAUGAGGUUGCUGCUUUGAUAGUUGGUGAUUUCGAAUCAUCCGACUGUGGUCGUGAUAUUAUUGUUCAGUCCAGCAGUGGUCAAUUGCAGCGGAUUUAUGAAACUCAUGCUUUGUACUUGCCAUUGCAAUAUCCAUUGCUUUUUCCUUAUGGUGAGGAUGGGUAUCAGUUGAACAUCCCAUAUCGAGGGGUUCAAGUUAGUUAUGUGCGUGGAAGAAGGACGAGGAUGUCUCUGCGUGAGUUUGUGAAUUUCCGAUUACAAAUGAGAGAAGAUGAGGGAAGCAUCAUUCACAAAGCUAGGAGGUUGUUCCAACAAUUUGUUGUUGAUUGUUUUGCAUCGAUAGAAUCACAGAGACUCUUUGAAAUUAGGAAGAAACAAAGUACAAUUAGAGGGGAGUUUUUGAAUGGUAUAGAGGAAGCUAUGCAGCGUGGUGAUGUUGAAGCAUCCUCAAUUGGGACAAGGGUUAUACUACCAUCUUCUUUUACAGGUGGUAAACGUUAUAUGUUUAAUAAUUGCCAGGAUGCUAUGGCAAUUUGCAAGCAUUAUGGUUAUCCUGAUUUGUUCCUAACUAUUACUUGCAAUCCAAAUUGGCCUGAAUUUCAACGAUACACCCAUCGUGAAGGGAUUCCAAUUGCUGAUAGACCGGAUAUUUCUUGUCGAGUUUUUCAUGCUAAGCUGAAGUGUCUUCUAACUGACAUGUAUACAAUUGAGUUUCAAAAAAGAGGUUUACCCCAUGCACAUUUUUUGCUUUGGCUUGAAAGAAGGGACGUUUUGCAGAAUGUUGAACUUGUUGAUGAAUUGAUUUGUGCAGAAUUACCUAAUCCUGCAAGAUUUCCUAAUUUGUAUAGGAUGGUCACAAAAUAUAUGAUUCAUGGUCCUUGUGGUAGGAUACGGCCGAGUUCUCCGUGUAUGAAGGACGGUAAAUGCUCAAAAUUUUACCCUAAGCAAUUUGUGAGUGAGACUUCAUUUGACGAUGAUGGGUAUCCAGUUUACAAGCGUCGUGACAUGGGAAUUACUGUCAAGUUGUGUGGUACAGAUAUUGAUAACAGAUUUGUGGUGCCUUACAAUCCAUUGUUGUUAAUGAAAUAUCAGGCUCACAUCAACUUGGAGUUUUGUAACAAGUCAAAUGUUAUCAAAUAUCUUUUUAAGUAUGUCAACAAGGGCCCUGAUCGCUUGACUGCUACAGUGGACCAAUCAAUGAGUGGUCGCCAAGAUUCGCAGAAUUUGGAUGAGAUUAAACAGUAUUAUGAUUGUCGUUAUCUUUCUCCUUCAGAGUCCAUGUGGAGAAUUUUUGCAUUUGAUAUACAUCAUAGAUGGCCUGCUGUGCAGCGGUUGACUUUUCAUUUGCCGAGUCAACAGUAUGUUGUGUUUGAUGAUAGUGACAUCGUUAGUUCAGUUUUUGUUCGGAAUAGAGAUCUUAUGACGAUGUUCAUUGCUUGGAUGUUGGCUAAUAGGCGAUAUGCUGAAGGGCGAUGUUUGACAUAUGUUGAGUAUCCAAGUAAAUUUGUAUAUGAUUCAGAAUCUAGGGAAUGGAUGCCAAGACGAAGAGGGUUUUCAAUUGGUAGAUUAAGUUUUGCUCAUCCGUCUACAGGUGAAUUGUUUUACAUGCGAUUAUUGUUGAAUGUUCAGAGGGGUUGCACCAGUUUCCGAAGUAUAAGAACAGUUAAUUCAAUUGUAUAUGAUACAUUUCAAGAUGCAUGUUCAGCUAUGGGUUUUUUGGUUGAUGAUAAUGAAUUUGUUUAUGCUCUGAAAGAAGUUGCUGAGUUGUCGUCUGGAGAGCAGUUAAGGAAGUUUUUUGUGACAUUGUUGUUGUCUGGUUCUAUUGUGCGACCAUUGUUUGUCUGGAAGCAAACUUGGAAGUUGUUAUCUGAUGGUAUCAUUUAUUAUAGACGACGAGAACUUGGAAUUCCAGGGUUACAAAUGACUGAGGAUGAAUUACAGACUUUUUGUUUGAUUGAGAUUCAGAAGUUGCUCCAGAAUAAUGGAAAGUCGUUAAGAGAUUAUGCUGGUAUGCCAUGUCCAGAUAUUCAAUUGGUUUCUCAAUUCAACAACUCUAUGUUGCUACGGGAAAUGCAAUACGAUAUUGAUUUAUUAAUCCAGGAGCAUGAUUCAAAUGUAUUGAAGUUGAAUGAAGAACAGAGAAUUAUAUAUGAGAAAAUUGUCAAUCGUGUUUGUAACAAAGAAGGUGGAUGUUUUUUUAUAUAUGGAUUUGGCGGAACUGGAAAAACUUUCUUGUACAGGACAUUGUCAGCUAGGUUGCGAUCUGAGAGGAAAAUUGUCAUUAAUGUUGCAUCGACUGGAAUUGCAGCAUUAUUGUUACCAGGGGGCAAGACAGCUCAUUCAAUGUUCAACAUUCCAAUUGAGUUAAAUGAAUGUACUGUUUGCAGGGUCUCAAAGGAUAGUGCUAAAGCCGAAUUGAUUCGAUGUGCUGAUUUGAUUAUUUGGGACGAAGCACCAAUGACUAAUAGGUUGGCUUUUGAGGCAUUGGAUAGAACCCUUCGUGAUAUAAUGUCGUCUGUGUCUCUUGUUAACAAAGAUUUACCGUUUGGUGGAAAAAUAAUUGUUUUGGGUGGUGAUUUCCGACAAGUAUUGCCUGUUGUCCCCAAAGCUUCCAGGGCUGAGAUUGUGAUGGCCACUAUUAAUUCUUCAAUUCUUUGGAAGCACUUUGAGGUAUUAACCUUAACAAAGAAUAUGAGAUUGGAUAGUGCAUUGGAAGAGGCUGUUGUAGAGGAGUUAAGAUCCUUUUCAGAUUGGAUACUUCAAAUAGGAGAGGGAAAAUCUGGUGUGGUCAUUAGUGAUAAACUUUGUGUUGAAGUACCAACUGAUUUGCUUAUAGAUGUUUCUGAUAAUCCAGUUGAAGAUAUUAUAAAUGUGGUUUAUCCAAAUAUUGUUGUCAAUUUUGCAAAUCCAAUUUUCUUUCAAGAUAGAGCUAUUUUGGCUCCAACGGUUGAAAUUGUUGAAGAGAUUAAUAACUACAUAGUUAAUCUGUUACCGGGUGAAGAGAAGGAGUAUUUGAGUGCCGAUGUUAUUUGUGGUAGUGAUGCUUAUGGUGAUAUUGAUUACUUGGGAUCAAAUGUGAUUGCAGCCGAGGUUGUUUCUGGUAGUAACAUUGGUGAUCAAGUAUAUAUUGCUCGAAUGAAUCUCAUUCCAAGUGAUGCUGGGAUACCUUUUAAAUUCCAACGUAGGCAAUUUCCAAUAAGCUUGUCAUUUGCAAUGACGAUUAACAAAAGUCAGGGGCAAACGUUAUCUGUUGUUGGAUUAUUCUUACGGCGUCCAGUAUUUUCCCAUGGUCAACUCUAUGUCGCUGUAUCUCGUGUGAGGAGCAGAAGUGGACUAAAGAUUUUGCUGCUUGAUGAAAAUUCAGAAUUUCCAAAUUUCACUGAGAAUGUUGUUUUCACAGAGGUUUUUGAUAAAAUUUGA